CGGGUAUACCGACUACGGUCAGUGACGGGGGGGGCCCGACCUCGGGGGAUCUGAUAAUACCACGCGUCGCCUGUGGCUGACGGAAACCAGAAAACCAGAAAACAACCAACCAAAACCAACGACUUACCAAACGAUGUCACUGACUAAUAGCAGAUGGAACCAACCAGAACAAGAACAGGAACCUAACAACAAUCUGAAAACUAACUCAAAACACUCAAAAUACAUCCCACCACACUCAAAACCAAAAACAACGAACAAGAACAUUCAGAAUAAUAGCAACAACAGCAUCAUCAUCACCAAUGGAGAUCGAAUGGUAUCCAAAAAAUUUGGAAAUCAACAUCAACAACAACAGGAUACAAAAUUAACAGGAUUCAUGAACAGUUUCAACUUAUCCAAUCCUCGACUCGAUCCGAUGUCCCUAGUCCCCUCACCUUCUCGUGGAAUCUAUAGCUCAGAAAAUCAAACAAAGAAAUCCAGUACGCCAGAGCAUGACAAUCAAGACCUGACGAACUAUGACUUCCAAGUCGAAUUUUUCAAAUGGAUCCUCAACAGAAUUCAAGAAUAUAAGAAAGCUUAUCGAAAUCGAUCCGAUUUGUUCCUCUACUUGAGUCUCAAAGACUCUCAUGAAGAUCCUGAGAAACUCAAGAAUCAAGGAGAGGAUGAUGAAGGGCAUUACAAGACUCAGAUCGAUCGGAUCUCGUCUCUGGUUCGCGAGAUCAGGAAACUCAGGGAAGGCAUUUUCGCCAGUGGGAGACGAGAUUCGUUUGCAAUAGUAGUCUAUGAAUUGAGCGCAGAGCUCGCGUUGGAGUCGUUGGAUUUCGCACAACUGAACACGUUAUUGAACCACUUGAUAAUGAACUUAUACCGAACCCUAUCGAUCUCUGAUCAUUUGAUUCCCGACUCAAAUAAACAACAACAAGAAAAAGAAGACCUGGAGACUUUGAUCAAUCAUCACAGACGAACGAAGGAAGAAGUUCUGAACAGACGACUGAUGUUUGCCAGAGUUUACUUGCUCUUACCGAUAGCGAGUCGAUUAGAUAUCAGCCGAUUCAUCGACCAAUUCGCUCAAAUCACUCAAAUCCUAUCCGAUCAAACUCUUCAUAACCUAGACCAUUACGCACAUUCAACUGCUCAUAAACAGCCCUUCUCGGACAUCUCAGGCCCUCUUCAUCCUAAGUUACUCGAAUUGAAAACGUUCUUCAAACUCGUCUUACGCAAGAAUUACUUCCAACUUAAUCAGAAAUUUAUCAAGCCUAAACUGAAGAAAAUCAUAACAACACGUCACCAUCAAGAAGAAGAAGAAGACGAGUCGAUGACCACCGAAUGGGACGAGCUUCUAUUCUUAGUAUUCUUGUCCUCAAUCAGAUUAAACCUAAUAUGGAAAGUGAUCGCGAAGUCUUACUAUCACCUAAGCUUAGAAGACGACCGAUUCAUCGUCGAUUUAUUAUCUCUAGACUUCCAAUCUUUCAAUCAUUUCCGGAAUUCAAGUCACCAUCCUUCGGCCUCUUCUAACAAUCUCAAUCAUCAUCAACUCGUCAAUUCUUGGUUGCUCAAACUUAACAUCCAACGUAAUCCGAAUGGAAUCAUCCAACUCAAAUGA